AUGUUACAGAAAUAUAUUGAUAAAAAACAAGUACCACGGGGUUUGAGAUUAUUUAAAAGUUGUUCUGUUAAAGAUAAUUCUGAUCUUUUAAAUAAGUGGGAAGAGGCCCUUAGUGAUUGCUCACAUAUUCUUAUGAAAAUACUCAUCUCUCAUAGGAAAACAUUAAUAGAACAGACCACUAAGGAAAUUGAGAAUAUACAAAUGAGUUUAGAGAAGUUCAAAAAUUCACAAUUAUAUGAUGAGCUCAAUGAUAUGGUUUUAAAAAAGACGGAUUCAUAUCAAAAGGACCUGAUUAAUGUCAAAAAUAGGAAAAUAAUCAGAGAUGAAGAAGACUACUUAAAAGGAGAAGUAUAUAGUUUUAAUAAAAAGAAAAUUAAUCAAUGUUCAGGACAAAUACCCCAAGAUCCUUCUCCUGAUGAUCAGACUAUAUCCACUAAUUCGAGUAAUGGUUGGACUUUAGUAUCCCAUCACAAAAAAAAGAGGAGAAAUAAAAAUAAAAAUAAAAAUCAAAGUACCAAUAAUUAUUCAAAUAAUAAUCCUGAUCCUUUAGAAUUGAGAUAUUCAGAUCAUUCCAAUGGAUAUGAUCAACAGAAUAUAUGUCACCAUGAGGAUCAUAGUAAUGAAAGAUUUUCACAGUUUAAAGAUAAUGAUUUCCGCCCUAGACACCAGACUUCAAAUAACCACUACAGAAGACCUAAAGACAACUCUUCUUAUGAGAAUUUCAGCUCAUAUACAAAUAAGGUUCGUGAAUACACUACACAAAGGACCCCUGGACAUACACCUCACUAUAGAGAAUCAAGAUCUAGGGGUGACAAUUAUCAAAAUAAUCAUUGUGAUUAUGGUAGAAGACAUGAACAUAAUCAUAAUUAUCAACAGUAUGAUAGGAGAUAUGAACAUAAUUCUAACCACCAACAGCAUGAUAGGAGACCUUCCUAUAAUUAUGAAAGAUCGAAUAGACCAACCACCACUGUAGGUGGUCAACAAUCAGGUUUGAUUAAUCAAGGCGGCCAACAUCCCAAUAUAGCUAAUCAAGAAGGGGGCCUAAGAAUCCCUACCAGAGACAACGAAAAUCAUCAUUUCAAUCAGGGUGCCCCAUCUAAUUUGAAUAAUAGACAAUUGAACACAAAUUCACCCAAUCAUUUUUUAGAACAGGGACCACGCAUGCCAUCAUGGAAACAGAAGAGUAUAUCCAGUUACCUAGAGCCUGUGGUGUCUCUCAUAACCCCCCAAAAAGGGAAAAGACCUCACGGUCAAGAGGACACAGAGGACGGGGAACAGCCCUCAAAGAGGCAAAACUACAGGCACUGA